UGUAGCCGAAACAUUAUUGUGGGUAGUCUUUCUUAAAGCUGCAAUGAGACUGCUAGUAAGCGUGCCUACGAGGGAAAUGCAGUCGAGUGGAUGCACAAGCGGGCAGAUGUUCAGCUUGUGGCGCAUGUAGGUAAUACUUGAGUAACUCGAUCUGACAUCGCCGACGUACAAGAGCGUCUUCCAAGUUUCAAAUCAAGCUUAUUCUAGCGCUAGGCCUUACAUUGAAAGCCUGAUGUGGCGUGAGCAUGUAGGUUGUCGGAUCAAUGAUUUGCUGGUGAACGCCGGGCCCGGGUCACGUGUGCAUGUGUAAACCACCUGCAUGACAGAGGGGAGAUUCGAGGAUUGGGAAAAUACAUAUAAGGGACUGUUGCGCCGCUGUAAAGUGUGGUCAGUUGGCCUGAACAUAAGUUUAUUAUAUUCCUUACUUACUUGCCUUUCUGUCUCGUCUUGCUAGGUUGCUUGAUUGUGAGACAUAUUGAGAUUGGAAUAUUCGAAGGAACAACAAGAUUGACCUAAACUGGGCUAAUCGCAAAUCAUGGCUAUCGAUAUCGCGGCAGUGCAGCAGUUCAAGGGGACGUUAUCUGAAAAAGCGGAUGUUGUGACAAAGGAGUCGGAGAACUACGAGCAGAGUCUCAAGCGAUGGUCUGCUGCUGCGGAGAAGCCAGCCGUGAGUCCAACCGAUUUCAAGACAUUUUGCUGUGUAACUCUUGUUGAUAUUACAUUGUAGGGCAUCGUCGUUUUUCCCACCACGCCAGAAGAAGUCUCUAAGACAGUUCUAUUCAGUAUAUCUCAAGGGCUUGAGCUAGCCGUUGUCGGUGGCGGGCAUGGGACAAGCGGUGCUUCGUCCACAGAUGGAGGUGUCUGCAUUGAUUUGUCGAAGAUGCGGAAUGUGACUAUAGAUAAGAAAGCUCAGACCGCGACUGUUGAAGGGGGUGCCCUGUGGGCUGAUGUUGACAGGGAAGCUGCCAAGUUUGGGUUGGCUGCUGUAGGGGGAACUGUCAACCAUACGGGAGUUGGAGGGUUGACGCUAGGCGGAGGGUACGGAUAUCUCACUCCGGCGCAUGGAAUGGUAAUCGACAAUAUGUUGGAAGUCGAAGCUGUGCUUGCUGAUGGAAGCAUUGUUACUGCUACUGAAACCAAAAACCCGGAUCUAUUCUGGGCUGCGAGGGGAGCUGGGAUUGGAUUCGGUGUGUUUACCAAGUUUGUGUACCAGGCCCAUGAACAGACAGCACCUGUCUGGGCCGGCAUGUUUGUAUUUCCCAGGGAACAGCUCGACUCAUUGCUCAAGAUCGGUAACGAGGUGCUUGUUGAUCAAGGAGGGAAGUCUGCUCUUCUCCUCGGUUUUGGUGCGCCGCCUCCAGCUUUGCAACCGAUUAUCAUGGUCGUUGUUUUCUACAAUGGUACUGAGCAAGAAGGCAAAUCGUACUUCAAGGAAAUAUUGGCCUUAAAUCCACUUGUCGACCAAACGAGCAUAAUGCCUUACAGCGAAGUGAACGAAAUGCUAAACGCAGCCAUGUUCCACGGAUUACGUAGGACCGUGAAAGGCUCGGCUUUCCUCGCACCACUUGACACGAAGUUCGCCGAGAGCAUCUUUGACGACUGGCUUGUGUUCAUCACUCAGAACCCGGACGCCGGAGCGACAAUGGUCCUAUGGGAGUGCGUGCCAUUCAAGAAAAUCUUAGAAGUUUCGCAAACUGCCACGUCAUUUGCAAACCGAGGAGCCUAUGGAAAUCUUGCGUUCCUCCCUGGAUGGACCAAGCCUGAGAAUGACUCUAUUUGUCGACAAUGGACGAGAACAAUGUCAAUAAAGACUAGAAAUGAGUUGGAAAAGAAGAUCGCCGAAGGGACAGACUCCACAACUAAGACUAGUGUUGGAGAGUAUAGCAAUUAUGAUAGUUUGGGAGAUCCGGGCCAAACUGUCUUUGGUGUGAAUUUCCCAAGGUUGGCGGAGUUGAAGAAGAUAUAUGACCCAAAUAAUGUGUUCUCGAAGGGCACAAACUUGGUAGUAUAGGAAAUGAUAUAGACUGAAUGAUCUAAAACAUCAAGAACGGAAACGGCUCUCGCUUUCAUCUCUAGACGAUGUUG